AUGGCCGACGCUGACCUCAACCCCUCCGCAGCCACGCACAACUCGCCGCGCACAUGGCUCCUCACCUCGGCCCUCUCGCCGCUCGUCGUCCGCCUCACCCGCCUGCUGCUCUCCCACGGCGACUACGUCGUCGCCUGCCUGCCACCCCAUGAGAUCGACCACGAGGACCGGAGCGCCGAGUUCCGCGAGCUCGUCAACGAGUGCAAGAGCACCCGCAAGGACCGCGAGGGGUGGAAGGAUCGCAUCCGGGGCAUUCGCUGCGAUGGCAACGUCAUGGGCGCGUGCGGUGCCGCCGUCGCAGAGGCGGUUCAGGUCUUUGGGCGGAUAGACAUUCUGCUGUGCUGCAAAUCUGAAGCCGUGGUCGGGACUGUGGAGGAGCUGUCGACGACUCCUUUUACUCAAAACCUCGUUCGUGACCAGUUCGAGUCCAUCUUCUUCUCCCAGGUCAACUUUAUCCGGGCUGCUCUCCCACAGCUCCGGUCGCAACAUACAGGGCACAUCAUUGUCCUCACCAGCACGGGUGGUCACAUUGGCACUCCAGGAAUGUCAAUAUAUACAGCUGCUACUUGGGCCCUAGAGGGCUUCUGCGACUCACUCGCCUACGAAAUUGCGCCUUUCAACAUAAAAGUCACCAUUGUGCAGCCAAACAAGGAGAUACAGUCCUUGACGAACCGCCUCACUUUUGCUCCCCCGAUGCCAGCCUAUGACCAGGGACCUGAGGCUGUCCCGAGUAUUCGCGAUAUACUCUCAAACGUCCUCAAUACGCACCCGGAUACCGCUCUUCCUACGCCCUUGUCUCCUCCUGAAUCUGGCCCCUCACCAAUGUCACCAGCCAGCUCAGCUAUCGAGCCGGAUGUAGUUCCGGGUGAAAUCCUGCAUCGAUAUCCGAAGCUCCCACCCGGUGCUGCCGACAAGCUGGUUAUGGAGACAGUACAUGCGCUCUCAGCCAUCGGAGGUCACGAGAAUCCUCCGGCGCGACACAUUGUUGGUCAUGAGGGCGCCAUUUCAGUAAAGGAAAAGCUCAAAACUGUGACAGAGGAGCUUGAGGACUUUGUGGAGGCGAGUUUAUCGGUUGAUGUCUUUGAGAGUGAACUACAGGCAGAAGCAAGAGAUGGAAAGGCACCGGAACUGAGUCCCCAAGGACCGCCGUCAUCAACUGGUUGA